AGCCAGACUGAAUUAACAUCUUUGUGACUCAUCCGGGACUUGUUCUGACGUCACCGACAAUAUGGCUGCCAUCAGUGAUGCGAAAGGAACGAAAAGGAGGGUGUGAUUACCCAUCAAUUUCUAGGUUUUCGUGAUAUUUACAUAAGGUUUUACAGAUUUUCAGCCUCUCUCUUGUUUCCAAAUUCUUUAGGCCCUGAUUUCGAAUCUUAAUAUCAGCCAUGGAGGGUUCUUUCUUGAGUCCCGCAGAGCAGCAAUAUUACCCCGAGCUCUUCAGCAAAUCCGACAAGGAAAGCUCCGGGCGAGUGGCGGCCCAGCGAGCGAUGAGUUUAUUCAGGUUGAGCCCGCAGCUCUCGGACGACGUAAUUCAGAGGAUUAAUGAGCUGUGUGGAGCAGGAAGGUUAGGUUACUACGGCAGGAGUCAGUUUUAUUGCGCACUCAAGAUGAUUGCAAUGGUGCAGAAUGGUCUUCCUCUCCCUAAUUCUGUGGAUUUUGUCAUGCAAGCUGGAAUAGAGGUUCCGCUUCCAGAGUUUGGAGAUGAUGUAGCAACUCCAAGACCACAAAGUGAAUCAGACCCUAACAGCCAGAUGGAGUUUAUCAAUCCAGCCUUCAACAUCACAGAUACAGAAUUCACUCUCGGGGACAGGAAAGGAAGUACUCUAGCCAGUGUGCCACCCCUCAAACCUACCAGACCAGACAAUAGUAAUCAAUUCAUUCAACAAAGUUCAUCUCCAACCAAUAUUACUCAGGUUCCAUCAUCUCCCCCUGUGUCGCCGAACCGGAGUUCACCUUCUUUUCCAACCCUGCCAGUAGUCUCGCCAGCCAAGACCUCGGGUAGCUUAGAGCGUAACCAAAGCCUGCCGGCCACCAUGGUCCUGGAUACGGGAGAUAGGGAUGUUCCUAUAAGCAGGCUGGAGAAACAGACUAGUGCACCUCCUGCUCCAACGUUGUCGAAAACAGAAGAGGGCUGGGCGUCUUUUGAAAAGACAGUCGAAGAAGAUGAAGGUCCUGAAGGUCCGGACACGUCGUGGGCUUUGUACACCGGUGCUGUCAGUCCCUCAUCCAGUUGCUCCUCCAUCUCAGCUCCUGCCUCCUCCCAUCACACCUCAGAGUCUCCCAUCGACAGCAGGAGCGGGGUGGCCGACAGCCAGGAAGGGGAUGCGGAGGAGGAGGAAGAGGAGGACGAUGAAGAGGAGGAGGAGGCGGAGGAAGAAGAAGAAGCGGAGGCGGUAGGAAGGGGAGAGGAGGAGGCAGAGGAGGAAGACGUGUGGAGCAUCAACAAGGAGCAGAGGGAUUACUACGCAAAGCAGUUUAAGAUGCUCCAGCCCGACCCCAUGGGGCUCCUUCCAGGUGGAGAUGCAAAAGGAUUCUUUGAAAAGUCAAAACUUGCAACAGAAGAACUGUCAAAAAUCUGGCAACUCUCUGACGUGAACAAAGAUGGCACUCUCUCCCUCGAGGAGUUCUGCACUGCCAUGCACCUGGUAGUUCUCAGAAAACACAACAUUCCGCUUCCAGAUGAACUGCCAACAUGCCUCAUACCCAAGAUGCCCACACUCAAUGGCGAUGGUCCAGUCCCUGUCAAGAGCACAACACCCGUUUCCAUUCCAGGUUCCCACGCCCAGCCCAUCACCACGACAACCAUCCAUCCAAUCCAGCCCCACGCCCACACGGGUCGGAGCGUGACCCCGCCCUCAUCCGGGUCGGAGAUGAAAAAUGCUGACGAUAAUUGGGCGACAUUCGUGGACUCGCCUUUCCCCGGGCCGCCGUCCCCCUCGUCCCAGCCUCCGGUCAGCUUUGAUUUUGCCUCCAUCUCACCUGACCCAGAUGCAAAGAUCUUUCAGCCAAUCGCGUUACAUCUUUCACCGGACGGGAAACCAGUGCAGCCGGAUCCCGAUAACCCGGAGACAAGACCAAGAACGUUGUCAGCCGCCCCUCCCAGCCAGACUGGAGAGGGGUCGAUCGAGCAGGUUGCACCCUACCCCCGUGUCCCUAGAAAUCGGUCAAGUGAAUUGGAGGAAAAUAGGUCUCACACAGGUGCAACUAUAAGUAUGCACACCCCAGGGCGACUGCCCCUGUAUAGACAAGGUGCGGUGACUACAGAGACCGGAGGAGAGUCGCCCCGAGGCCACGCCCCUCCCCGCCCUCAAACUCAGAACGCGACUAAGGCCCAUCACCAUGGGUCAAAGGUCGAUCAGGCUCUGCCGCCUCCUUCCAGCGGCAAGACCAAGAGGAAAGCGCCCCACCCGACGAAGACAAUGACUCGAGAUGCGGAUCAGCGGCGGUCAAGAGAGGGCACCGUUGAUUCGCGCAGUGCCCUGGCUUACGCAGGUACCACCCUGCCUCGGCCGCGGCUGAGCAAGUCUCUGAACUCGGCCAUGUUGAAAGGAGCCUUGCCUCCUCCGGAGCCUACGGAGGGAGGGGCGGCUGCCCCGCCCCUACCCCCUCGGAAGCAUCAACGUAAUCAUUCUCGUUCAAGCUCGCUCGAUCUUAAUCUUGUGUUCCAGGAUGAAAAAUCCAGUAGUGUUUCAUCACCCCGUCCAGUAAUACCACCAAGACCUACAGCUCAGCAAGUUCAGCAAAGUAAGACCCAAAGCAUGGAUAUGUCGUCAACGGAACACGACUUUGCCGAUUUCAGCAAGUUUGAAGCGACGAAGGCCAAGUCGUCGAGUUUAAAGAUGGACAGGAGAGGCGUGUCAUUAGACUACACCAACAGAACGAUAGAGCAGUCAGUCCCUCCAGUGCCCCCUCCAAGGCCAUCGGCUAGUGAAGAGGAUCUUGUUGAAGAAGGAGUAGAAGAUGGAAAGGUGUCACCUUGCAACCUAACAAACAAGGAGAGGCAUCUCUCAGGGGACACGGAAGCUGAGAAGAGAAGAGAACAGUUUUCAAAAGAGAGAAAGAGACAUUUAUCAGCACCGGUCAGUCUUGGAGUCGCAGAGAUCCGGACGGGUGACAGGAAGUCCGUCCAGGCGCGGAUCCGCCAAGAGAAGGAGGAGAACACGAAGCUCUCGCGGCACAACAGCGAGAUGCAGCAGGAGCUGCGAACGCUAACCGACCAACGCCUUGCCUUGGAGAUCAGUCUAGAGAGAUUGCGUCCCUUCACAGCCAGCUAGUCCAGGCUUUAUUCUUCGGUCUUUAUUUAAUAUUAUUAUUAUCGUUGUACAGUAGAGGAAAACACACUUGGCAUUUUAUAUACAUGUACUUGAAUGAACACAUUGGAGAUUUGUGCUGGUUCUGUUGCUUUAACUCAUCAGCUAUGUGAGCCAGGCGAUACGUGUAUUGACCCGAUAGGAUUUACAAAUGCAGAAGCCAAGAGCAUAAUUCUUGCUUCUCUGUAACUGCAAAUUUGCCUCUAAAGGGGGUGUUGUACCUGGAUGUGUUUUAGCCAUUAUAUACCAAUGUACUGAUCAUAUUUCACAAAGGUGCAUAGAGAGUUUAUGAAGGGAAUAAUGGUGUAUUGUGGGUCCAUUUUUAUGCCAGCCUUCCCAAAUCUUACCUUAGAUGGCGCUACUCAAAAGGCUUUGGUCAAUGCAGUUUGUUCGGAGAUUCUGGUCCAUUUUUUACAGAUGCAUAACAGCAUGGAAACUUGGUAAGAUCUUUUGUUCUGUUUGCCAGACAAAGCAGAGAAUUUGUGAGUGAAGAUGCUUAAUUCUUACGGUACAUUAAUGGUUAACUGAUGGGUGUGUUAGAACAUAUUUCCAGAUGUAAGCUUUCAUUCAAUUGAAAUUUUGACCUGCGUGCAUACAGCCUCCUAACCAAAUUCUUGACCCAAAAUAAUAAUAGGCAUUUAUACAGUAUUAAGACCAGGGCCUCCUCUUACAAAGAGUUAUAAUUGAUCCGAUCAACCUCAACUAUAUGGAAAUCCAUCGUUGUCAUAAUUUUUGCCACACAGGAAAUUCGCACAUUGUCCUUUGUUAACAAAGAGAAGCGCACGGAAUGUUCAAGAAAAGGAUGUAUGUAUGAAUAUGCAUGGUAUCUGUAUGAAUAUACAUGGGAUCUAGAGAAAAUUUAGAAGAAACAUGCAGUUUAUAUGUUGACGUUGCUGGCCGUCCAUAGUUGUGGUCAAUCAGAUCAAUCGUAACUCUUUGUAAGACAGGGCCCAGAUUGCAGUCAUUUGUGUGUAAGGUUGUACAGUAUUCUGAGGUUUUGUUUGUUUGUGUUCAUUUUCAAAUCUCAGAUGAAAUAUGAGAUUUAACAUCAAAUAGAUGAAAUACUUUUAAAAUAUCUUGAAUUUGCUCUACCCAAGUUUUAGUCUCGUUAAGAACAUGCCCAUUUUGUGAAGCAAUAACGAAUAAGAAAAAAAAAUGAGGGGAAAAACAAUAUGUUAAUGAUGUGGAUUGAAAGGUCAGUGCAAUUGUAAACUGUAUUUACAGACAUUGGUGACAGGCCAACCCUGACUGCAUUUGACAGAGUACAUGAGCUCUCUCAUCUCUCUCUGUAUUUCCCUUUCUCUCUUUAUCAUCUCCCCUCUGGCUUUUUUUCUCUCUGUCUCUCCCCCCUCUCUCUCUGUCUUUUGUAAAGAUUUACAUCUUUCAUAACAUACUAUCAUAGAAACAGUGUAACAUGGCAACAUGGUUCAGCAGUCAAUCAAAAUCAAGUUUUAUAGGGUAGUUUUCAGUGAUAGUCUUAACUUUUUAUGAUACAGAACAAAGAUCAAUAAUUGUUUGAAAGAGGCUGGUAUUUUUUUUAAUGAAUUGCUCUAAAUGUGAUGCCCCAAGACUUUAAUUGAUUCAGUGUCUUUUAGGAUUGUUAACCCCUCUCUUCUGUUAUUUUGUUAUAUUUCAAGUGCUUGCAUCUAUUAGUGUAGGAAAGAAAGUCUUGGGUCUGUAUAUCAAUCAAAUUUAUCCCUGUUGAAACAAACGUGAAUAGGUUAUAUUGCUGUUCAUAUAAGAUCUGAAAGAAAAUACAUCAGAGUGUAUUUGAGAUACUGUCACUCAGGGGCGGAUCCAGGAUUUUCCAAAAGGGGUGGGGGCACAUUUUCCCAAUGAAAAUUUGACAAGCAAAAAAAAAAAGGUUUUCAUCUGAAAUUGAACGCCAUUUUGUCUGAGAAAAUUUUGACAAGCAAAAAAAAAAAGGUCCUCACUUUCAAACGGCAUAUUUACAUAAUUUUUUUUUAUAAUGGUCCUCAAAAAGGGGGGGGGGGGUCACGAGCCAGAUGUGCCCCCCCCCCCUUGAUCUGCCAGUGCUGUCACUCAUUUUCUUUUUCACUUACAAUGUAUCACCAAGCAUCUCAUCAUCCAAAUUACUUAUAACGAAAGUAACGUUAAAGCAUGUAUAUUUCUUUUCAUUUUCUUGGGCGAUACUGUGCUUUGAUAGCGACAGAAAUAAAUGUUUUUGGAAGCAACAUUUUUUAAUAAUUUAUUUAUUAUUUCUCCUUCAAUUAUUUUUGUUUUAAAUGUUUGGGUUAUGUUUAUUUGUUAUUCUCAGAAAACCAAAGCCAUUAAAAAAAACCUUGCUUGCUUAGUUUUGUUUGCCAGUGCGCAACAGGGCUUUAAGAAUUACUUCAUUGUUGGCCAACCACUGUUUAUAAUAUCAGGGGUGCUCUUUUAAAAGUAUGAACUUUAUACUAACAUGUACAUGUAUGAUUUUUGGCAGAAGAUUAAUUAUCCAUCUGCGUGUCUUAUUAUUUCAUAUAUUUGCAUAUUAUUUUGUGCUUCUUCCCCACCCAAUCUGCGCAUACUUAUACAUUUAAUCCAUCUUAUCCCCCACAACUAUAUUAAUUACAUGUCGCCAUUUACUCAAAUUUUGUUUAUUUCUCAUUUAACAUUAUUUCAUUAAUUUUUUCUUGCAUGGAAUCAGGCUGGCUCUGGACUGACCUUUACCUUAUUUUAACUUAAGGUUUUGUAUUUAUACCUUUAAUAUUUUGUGGCACUUCUUCUUUUUUAGUCAAAUGUUACGGCAAAAGAAAACAUAUUUGUUGGCUCUGAAUUAAUCUGUUGCCUACAAGAAUGGGGUUGUCCCUGUAUAAAGCCUAUAGAAAUCACAGAAUUCAGCAGUCAACGGGUUAACACAAGCUGUUCUUUAAGGCCAUAUGGGAAUCAGCUUUCAUGGGGAGUGGAUUGUUAUUUGCUGACCCCAGACUUUGUGAAAAAAAGCAUUAGAAAUACAUGUGAUUAGAGACAGCUUUGGGGAAAAGCAAACUCAGUGUGCCAGCGAGAAAUCCUUUGGCCAAGCCUGCUUAAGCCUCCGGAAACUGUCAGUCCCUUCUACCAGGGUGAAGGGAGAUGGUGACGUUACCAUAUAAAGGUCAUUUCCAGUGGCAUUACGUUUGCUGGGGCCAGUGGGACUGGGGUUAUAAAUUGAAUUUCACUCUGGGCGGUUGAUAUUCAAAUGGUGUCAAACUCCCCAUGGAAACUGAUGAGAAUGUGCCUUUAAGCCCCGCUUACACUAUGUGUUUUGUUGCGAUCCGAAUUCCAAAGAAAUUGUAAUAACAUUUGAUUUGAACGUUCGAACCAAUAAAAUCUUAGCGUUCAGAGUUCAGAAUAGUGGUAGGACUACGAAAAUAGAAAUUCAGCCUAGUUCAAACCUCCCUGUAGGAGUAAAAGCAAAUUCAAAUCCAAAUCGUGAUGACGUCAUCAUUGGCUGCGACUUGAAGCCGAUUUGGACUUUACUCCGACCACAGGGCUUGCCGCAAUGCGAUAUUAUGAUUUUAUUUUUCCUAACAUUAUGCCGAACUCAAAAUUAUUACUUCUUGGAACUUUCACAUUUAAUGCAAAAUGCGAUUUAUUGAAAAAUUGCGUUGCAUGGGAUCGCAUAGUGCAUGCUUGGCUUUAAAUGCAUUGGUAGUCUCUGGUGUCAAGCCACCUUGAGAGAUAAUAAUGGAAGGGUCUUGAGACAAGACUGAUGAUAUUAUUAAUUGCUCCAUGAUGGCUUCUCAAAGUCAGUGAGACAAUGUUUGGUAUGACAGGAUCACAGGAAAAAACAGUCAUUUUAACCCCACUGGAAAGUGCAAAUCUCCCCCUCCCCAAGUGCUGACCCUUUUAGUUUUUAUCAAUUAUCAAAGUUUACUUAAUUUUAUGUUGUGUUUAUUAUUAUUAUUUCAAUAUGCCUUUCUUGGCCCCAUGACGUGGUUCACAGGGCACUUGCCCCCCCCCCCUGAUACGCCACUGCACAGGAAAUUUGAUUUUAAUUAGGACACGCAUUUCAGUUAAAGUUCAGGGGUCUACUGGCUGACUUCAAGAGUCACAGGAAUGUUACUAUGAUUGGUGUGUACAUGAUUUAGGAUGUAUCAAACCAUUGCUUACGUAUACGGUGGUCCCUUUACAAAGCAAUUUGGGAUGACUUGCAGUGACUGUGUUAUGAGGAUGUUAGCUCUACAUGUAAGUAGCAUGGUAAUGUCAAAGGUUAGAGGUCAUCUGGUUGACCUUAUGAAAUGGUAACUAGCUAGGUGAGAUAAUACUACUGUAUGAACAUUUUUCAGUCCAAAUGUGUAUCUCUCUAAAUCCAUAAACAUGCAAGGUCGAUGGCAGCCGUUUA